AUGGUUUUGUUUUCCUACCAAAAAGACUCUGGUAUAGUCCGUAGCGACACCAGUCAAACCGUGGGAACGACAUACAUGCAAAUGCUUUUGGAACUGCAAGACAUCCACUGGGUCUACAAUCUCCUCUCCAGUUUUGCUGGUUGGAUUUUACUAGCUGGGUUUAUUGUUAUUCCUGGAACAUUUACCACUUUGCAGGAGUCAAGCUCGCUGGGAGAGAAUCUGACCAAGAACGACGCCGAGAAAGCGGUCCUUGAUACUAUUCAAAACCCACCAUUGGUAGCCAUAGCAUGGUCAUUUUUGGGUAUCGGGGCUGGAAUUAUAUUAUUUCUUUUCCAGAAAUGGCGGCAUAAUUAUAUCUGGCUUAUUAACCGGCUAUUCAUACCAGUUUCCCUUAAUACCAUUGCGGGCUUGGUUACCACUCUGAUUAAUGUCUACACAGCGAAAGAUGGAUAUUGGUCCAUUAUGGCUCUCUUGACAGUUAUUGUGAGCGGAUUCCUGGCAGCUGUCUCGCUGAUAUUCACUUUGGUAUAUCGAUUUUGGAAACUUCGUUUGAUUAAGGAGGAUCAUGAACGGGAAAGCAAGGCAGGGCUGUGCAUUGUACACCCUCCAAUUUCGAAGUGA